AUGUUCAAUCUCAUCGGCAAAAACUUGACAUUUACUGUGUUCAAAACACCAUCGAUUAAUAGACUGUUUCCUCGCUCAUCAUGUUCAUCACCAGCAGCAGCAUCAGAUAACUCAUUUACAGUUUCUUACCUCGUAGACUCAUGUGGAUUUCCUCCAGCCAAGGCGAUUUCAGCUUCCAAAUACUUACACAUCAAAACCCCAGAUCGAGCAGACUCUGUGAUAACCUUUUUUAAGAAUCAAGGGUUCACAGAAACUCAAAUCUCUGAUUUGGUUCGAAAGUUCCCCAUGGCUCUCACAUGUAAUCCCGAAACAAAUCUUUUGCCCAAAUUCGAGUUCUUAAGUUCCAUAGGACUUUCAGAUUCUGAUAUUGUCAAGUUAUUAACUGCAAGACCCAAAGCCCUAGGCAGAAGCUUGAAGAAUCAUUUAGAACCUACCUUCAACUUACUUAGAGAUUUACUUCAAUCCGAUGAUAGAACACUUAUUGCAAUCAGGAGGUGUGCGUGGGUCUUGGAUUGGGAUUUCCAAGCAAAUGUGAUUCCAAAUAUGCAAAUAUUGCGUGAUGUUGGGGUGCCUGGAUCAAAGAUGUUGUAUCUGUUAACUUAUCAGCCUAGAGAUUUCUUAGUUACUACAGACCAAUUCAAAAAGGCUGUGGAGGAAGUUGUGGAGAUGGGGUUUGAUCCUUUGAAAUCAAGUUUUAUGUUAGCUGUUCAUGCUGUUAGAUCAAUGAGCAAGUCCACUUGGGAGAAGAAGAUGGAGACUUAUGAGAAAUGGGGUUGGUCUAAAGCCCAGAUCUUGCUAUCAUUUAGGACUGAUCCAUGGUGUAUGAUGAAAUCGGAGGAGAAAAUCGAUAAAGUGAUGGAUUAUCUUGUUAAUAAGAUGGGGUUUGAGACAUCCGUUAUUGCAAAGAAUUCUGUAAUUAUUUCAUUGAGUAUGGAGAAAAGGAUUAUUCCAAGAUGUUUGGUUUAUCAAUAUUGUCUGGACAACGGAUUGAUGAAUGAUAAAAAUUACUGUGGUUUCUGCUGGUGGUUGAAGUGUUCGGAGGAUAUAUUUGUCAAGAGACUGAAAAGAUAUGAGGAAGAAGCUCCAGGUGUUUUGAAAUUCUAUCAGGAAAAGUUGGAUCUUGCAAAAUGA